AUGGCAGUUAUUCACGGCUCAUUGGCUAGAAGUGGUAAAGUUAAAUGGCAAACACCUCGUGUAGCAAAGACUAGUGAUACAUCCUAUCACGGAGGUUGCUCCAAAUACAAACAAAAAUCAUCAAGUAAUUUGGAAUAUUCUGCCGGAGCUCAUCGAUUGGAGAGGAAUUAUACUGCUGAAUUGGAACUCUAUGAUCGUCAGUAUAAGGAAAAUCAUCAACGAUGUGAUUGGGUUGCAGAGAGAGCGAAUAUAAAGAGAGCAGAACCUGUUCUUUUGAAUUCCUUUCACAAGUUUAAUACUGAGAAGGGAUUUAAUAAGGUGGAAUGGAAUGCAAUUCAUCAUGAAGAAAGAGCUUUCAAAAAACAGACUAGAAAUGGAAGAUUCAGAUCUGAAGGAAGAAAUCAUAAAAAGUGGCAUAGAAAUCAUCCAAAAGAUGGUAUUUAUCAGAAGAGAAUGGUUGAUGUGGAUGAUUUGGAUGAUGUUAUUGAAUUCUCUCACUUGUACGAUGAAGAAUAA